AUGGAUUGGCUAUCCCCUUAUUAUGCGAUUUUGUAUUGUUAUGCCAAGACUGUUACAUUAGCCAUGCCUGCAUUUCUGGGACAUGUGGUGUCCAGAGAGGGUAUCAGAGUGAAUCCGAUUAAGAUUGAGGCUAUUCGUGGUUGGGCUAGGACCACAUCUGUUAUGGAGAUUCAGAGUUUCAUUGGAUUGGCUGGGUAUUAUAGACGAUUUAUUAAGGGUUUCUCUACCAUUGCAGCCCCAUUGACCAGUUUGACCCGCCAAGAUGUUCCAUUUGUGUGGUCCGAGGAGUGUGAGUCAAGCUUUGGAAAGCUUAAGGAGUUUCUUACCACUGCUCCUGUUCUGAACCUACCAGUUGAGGGAGAGAGCAAGGCGAAUGUAGUAUCAGACGCCUUGGGCCGGAAGAUGGGAAGUAUGGGUAGUUUAGCUUACUUGUCUGCUGUGGAGCGACCCCUAGCCUUAGAUAUCCGGUAUUUGGUUAAUCGGAUGGUCAGGUUGGAAAUCUCGGAUUCCGAACCAAUUUUGGCUUUUGUGGGAGCUUGA